AUGUGGCGGAGCGGCGGUUGUGUUUGGGCCUUCCUUCUGGCCAGUCUGUGGCUGAUGGCCACGGUCUCCUCGGAGACCCUCAUCGAGGUGGACGAGAACGGGGACGAGUACGAGCUGAAGCGGUUCUAUAUCCAAGGACGUCAACUGCGCGGUGAUGGCAGCCAGUCCCAGUGCGUCGUUACGCGCCGGAAGAGGAACUCUCGCGCCCUCACCACCUUCGGCACCGCGAAUCGCAACAUCUCGGUCACCUCCCAGCCCCUCAAGGUGGAGGCCGUGCCGGGCAAGGAGCAUCGCGAGGGCGACCAGGAUCUGGAGGUGAAGCACCGUUAUGUGGCUCUGACUGGAGUACACUUUGAGCCCAAUGUGGAGGAUGAUGACGAGGACGAUGAUGAGGACUUUGAGGAUGAGGAGGAAAAUGUGCCAGUGAACUCUCCCAAGGGGGAGUCGAACUUCGUGCCGGCCGCUUUGGCCCUGCCCCUGGCCUCCACAGCGGGUGCCUCUCCCGCCGUCCAGACCUCCCAGAGCCAUCUCGCCCAGGGAGUCAGUGUGGUGGCCAGUUCCGCCUCUCACGCCAACGUGGCCGGAGAUGCCGGCAUCGUGGUGGUGCAGUCGCAUCAGCCCCCCAAGGUCAACCCCGACACCCAUGCCGUCUUCGAGCUGAAGCCCGUCCAGGCUGACACGCCCGGCUAUCCGUUCGUCCAUCCCUGGGACUACGAGCCCGAGGACGAGGACGAGGAUGACUACGACGAGGAGGACUACGACGACUUCUACUACGGCAGCGACUACUAUCGCGAUCAUACCGGCUACUAUCCGUUGGGCGAGUACGACGAGCAUGUGAUCGAGGAGAUCAACCCGGUCACCACGAGUGCCUACUGGAGCACCGGCGAGGACGACAGUGACAUCCAUCCCGUUAUCAACCAGGCCAACAAGCGUCCCAACCAGGGCCAGAAGAACAAGAACAAGAAGAACAAGAACCAGAAGAACAAGAACCAGAAGAAUCGCAAUCAAUUGCAGAAGAAGCGCAAGCAGCAGCAGGCUGCUGAGAACCAGCAGAAGCAGAAGAAGAAGCCCGAGAAGAACCAGCAGGACAAGAAGAAGGACCCCAAGGACCAAAAGGACAAGGAGGAGGAGGAGCAACUUCAGGCCGUGAAGCCAGUAGAUGUGAUCAAGAAACCCGAGUCUUCCAGCAUGACAGAGUCUUCUGCCUCGGCUUCUAGUUCUUCUAACACUUCCAGCCAGUCUUCGAUGAGCAAUUCUUCUGAUAAGAAUAAGAAGAAACCCAAGAAGAAGAAGCAGAAGAAGCCAUCCAGCAGCAGCAUCAGCAGCAGCACUUCAGUCCGUAGAAAGAAGAAGAAGCCGAGCAGCAGCAGCAGCAGCAGCAGCCUCAGCAGCAGCAGCAACAAGCGUCGUCGUCCCAGCAGCAGCAGCAGCAGCAGCAGCAACAUUGGCGGCUACCGUCGCCGUCGUCCGCAGCAGCAGCAACAGCAACAGCAGCAGAGGUUGCAAGACCAGCGCCGUCGCCGUCGCCGCCAGCAGCAGCAGAAGCGUCGCCGCCAGCAGCAACAGCAGCAGAAGCGCCGCCGCCAGCAGCAGCAACGCCGCCGUCGAUUGGGCAACAAGAACCGCCAAUUCUACGGCGACGAGCCCAUCAUUAACUGCAUUUACAUCAACAAGGAUCCGCCGACGACCACCACCACCACGCCCCGUCCCUUCUGGAACAUCCUGGGCCGUCAGUCGCAGGACUCGGCGCCAGCUGCCCCCAAGGAUAAUGGUGCCGUUGCCGCCGUUGCUCCCGCUUCCGAAUCCGACGCCAGCGAUGUAGAUCCUGCCGCCCAGGAGGCUGUCCUCCAGGCGGUUCGUCGCAACUUUGGAGAAUUCGGUGGCCGUAAGCGCGUCAACCUGCGUUUCGUGUCCUAG